GUGUCGGAUCUCGGCCUCGCCCCCUCGCCCCCACCCCUUCCGUCGUCACUCGUGGGAGCGGAGUGGGGGGCGCUGCCUCCCAGUCUGCAAGUUUGAGUCCCAGAGCCGAUGGCGCUGGGGCCGGAGGGGAGGGCGGAGGCUCCUGACUCUACCCCCUGACCCUGCAGGCCCCUGACUGCCCCUACGUGAUCAGACCCUUGGUCCCCCUCUCCCCCCAUGCCCCACCGUCCUCACGAUGCUGAACGGUCCGCCUUGGCACCUGCUUCUACCGCUACUCUGGUCGUGGGGGCCGCUGCUCCGGAGGGCGGAGACAGGCUCUGUGGGGCAGACGGCGGGGGAGCUGUACCAGCGCUGGGAACAGUACCGUAGAGAGUGCCAGGAGACGCUGGAGGCCGUGGACCCCCCAGCAGGCCUCGCCUGUAACGGGUCCUUCGAUAUGUACGUCUGCUGGGACUACGCUGCACCCAACGCCACCGCCCGUGCGUCCUGCCCCUGGUACCUGCCCUGGCACAGCCACGUGGCUACAGGCUUUGUCCUCCGCCAUUGUGGCAGUGAUGGCCAAUGGGGACCUUGGAGGGACCAUUCUCAGUGUGAGGACCCAGAGAAGAAUGGAGCCUUUCAGGAUCAACGGCUGAUUUUGGAGCGGCUGCAGGUCAUGUACACCGUGGGCUACUCCGUGUCCCUGGCCACACUGCUGCUGGCCCUGCUCAUCUUGAGUUUCUUCAGGCGGUUGCGCUGCACUCGAAACUACAUCCACAUCAACCUGUUCACGUCUUUCAUGCUGCGGGCGGCGGCCAUCCUCACUCGAGACCGUUUGCUACCUCCUCCUGGCCCCUACCCUGGGGACCAAGCCCCUGUCCUGUGGAAACCGGCCCUAGCUGCCUGCCGCACGGCCCAGAUCGUGACCCAGUACUGCGUGGGCGCCAACUACACGUGGCUGCUGGUGGAGGGGGUCUACCUACACAGUCUCCUGGUGCUUGUGGGAGGUCCCGAGGGGGGCCACUUCCGCUGCUACGUGUUCCUCGGCUGGGGGGCCCCCGCGCUUUUCGUCAUUCCCUGGGUGAUCGUCAGGUACCUGUACGAGAACACGCAGUGCUGGGAGCGGAACGAAGUCAAGGCCAUUUGGUGGAUCAUACGCACCCCUAUCCUCGUGACUAUCUCGAUUAAUUUUCUCAUCUUUAUUCGCAUCCUUGGCAUCCUCGUGUCCAAACUGAGGACGCGACAGAUGCGCUGCCCGGACUACCGGCUGAGGCUGGCUCGCUCCACGCUGACGCUGGUGCCCCUGCUGGGCGUCCACGAGGUGGUGUUUGCUCCCGUGACAGAGGAACAGGCCCGGGGUGCCCUGCGCUUCGCCAAGCUCGGCUUUGAGAUCUUCCUCAGCUCGUUCCAGGGCUUCCUCGUCGGCGUGGUCUACUGCUUUAUCAACAAGGAGGUGCGGGCGGAGAUCCGCCGCUGCUGGCAUCGCUGUCGCCUGCGCCACAGCCUCGGUGAGGAGCGGCGCCAGCCACCGGAGCGCGCCUCCAGGACCCCGCCGUCGGGCUCAGGCCCCCGCCCGGUCGCCACUGACCGCACCCUGUCCUUGGGGACCCUCCCAGGGCCUGGGAAUGAGGCCAGCCGGGGCUUGGAAAGUCACUGCUAGGCAGCGGUCCAUUCGAGUUAGCACGUAUUUAUUGAGCGCCUGCUGUGUACCAGGUCCAGUGUGGAGGGCACUGGGGAAAUUGGGGUGGGGGUGGGAG